GCAGCUUAUGUAAUUUUUUCUGCAAUUAUCGCUACCUUCAGAACCCGCAUGAAUCAUCAAUGAAAGCAGUUUUUAUCAUUUUGAUAAGAAUAUUUUUUGCGCGAAUUAUCUCUUUAUUUUCACUUUCGUUUUGAUUUACGCUGGAAAAUCAUGGAAGAAAGCAGGUUUUGUAAAAUAUGCAACAAAGAGCAGGCUAAGUACACGUGCCCCCGAUGUAACUUGGGGUACUGUGGGCUUUCGUGUUACAGACACAAGGAGCACAGCGAUUGCUCCGAGGCCUUCUACAAGGAAUGCUGUAUGGAAGCUCUAGAAGACCAGGAUGUCAGUUCAGAAGAGAAGCAGAAAGUGUUGGAAAUGCUAGAUCGACUAGAAAAAGAGGAAGUACAAAACUCUGACAGUAAUUCAGAUGAAGGCGAGGAACUUUCAGAGCGUCUCUCAGGAUUGAACCUCGAUACCGACUCCGAAAAGAUCUGGAACAGACUGACUUCUAAAGAGCAAGCUCAGUUUAACCAGAUGAUGAAGGACGGUCGCCUCGGAAACCUGGUAGAAGUUUGGACACCUUGGUGGGAUGUCAAGAAAGUCAAGAUCAGGGAUGUUGACAGUGAAAAACUAGAUGAUAAGACACCAGAUGUGUUAAGCAAAAUUCCAGACAUUUCCAAACUUCUCACUAAAUCCAAACCAUCAGCGGAUAUCCGGAACAACUUGGUGAACGUGUUGUUUGCCUAUGUGUUCGUCUGUCGCCUGUAUAAUGGCACCCACUGGGACUGCCCUCGUGAGUCAGCUCUGAAACUUGUUAAAGGCAGUGAUGUGUUGUCCAAAAACUCAGUGUGUAGUAGCACCAGUGAGGCCAUACAACUCGGCCUGACCAAUAGUGAGUGUAAGCAGUCGCAGGAAUUCCUAAUUGAGCUGGUCAGUGAUGUCACCAAGAUUCUACGGGGUCCUGGAAGAGGGGAAGAGUUAAAAUUUGUCAUGGCAGCCCUAUCGGAGAUUUUGCAGCUUCUGAAGAAAUGCCAUACUCUGUACAAAAAAGACAUCAAGGUUUCCUCUGCUUCCUCUACAGAUGACAGAGAGGAGAAACAGCUGCUGUUCCUGGCCAUUAAAAAGUUGGAGUUUUAUCUAGGUUGGAGUCAGAAAUGUGGGAUGAUCUUGCACUCUGUCAUACCAGAACUUAGACUAGAGCAUGGUCGUCUCAAAGAAGAAUUUCAAGAGACCAUUCAAGUGAAAAAAAGCAUUGAAAGGAAUUUGAGUCAGCUCCGGCCACCCAGAGAAGACAGUAAACUGAUUGAAGAAUUGUCCUAAAAUCCAGAUCAGGCAUCCUUGUGAGUGUGAAAACAGUCAUCAUUAGGGAAGAGCUCAGUUUGUACAUUGAAGAGUUGGAAUUGUCCUAAAUCCAGCACAGGAUCUAUCAGAGAACUGUCAUCUUUAGAAAGGUGUUCAGUUUACAUAUGCGAUAAUUUUAAACAGUCAUUGAGUGCAUGUUUGUUGUCAACCUAUAUAUACUGUCAUACAACGAUACAAUGUGAACCAUGAACAAAUUUAGUCCAGUUGACAAUCACUAUCAUCUAUAAAUGAAAGUCUUUCAAUACUAGAAUUGUUAGCUUUUCAGUAUUUUUAUAGCGACCAGAUUUGUAUGAAUCAGUCAAAGACAGGAGUUUAUAGUAAUAAAUUUAUUCACAUCAC